AUGUCUGAAGAAGAAAUUGUUUCUGAAAAUAAAAUUUCGAAUGAAGAAGAUUCCAAUCAAAACAAACAAAAUUUUAGUGUUGAAUUAGAGGAAGAGGAAGAAACCAAAGAAAAUACAACUGAAAUGAAAUUAUCAGAUGAUGAAAAUCAACAAAUAGAUGAAGAGGAAGAAGUCAAAGAAAAUGGUGAUGAAAAUACAAAUCAGAGUGAUGAAAUUCAUGAAAUUGAAAAUGAUACAUUAGACGUUAUAGCUGAUAAUUCAGAUAACGAUUUAAUAAAAACAGUUAAACCUGUUGAAAAAUUAAGUUCACAAUCUAAUUCUGAGAAUACUCCAAAAGAUGCUAACGAAGAAGAAGAAAUCCCAAUAACAAAGAAAUCAAACGCAAAACCUAUACAAGAAAAUGAAAUAGAGAAUGAAAUUGAAAAUCUAAGCGAAUUAUCGGACUCUGAAAUUCCAAAACAACAACCAGCAAAAACUCAAAAGCGACAGACUAGAAAGAGCGAACUUGAAUUUAAUAAGACAUCAAAACUCAAUAAAGAAAAGUUCAAACCUCAGCUAAAAGGACCAAAACAACUUACAAUUAAUUCACAAAAUGAGAAAUUAGUUAAGUUUCCUAAUGUUAAAGAUGAUGGCAAAUCAAUUGUUCGUGUUCUGAAUCUAACCCAUAACAGGCUCGUCAAUUUUGAAAAUAUGAAUCAACUGCCUCAUCUAACUUCUUUAAUUCUUGAUGAAAACUAUAUUAGAUCAUUUAAAGGAGCAUGCUACUGCAAGAGCUUGCAAUGGGUAUCAAUGCUCAAAUGCCUAAUUUCCAAAAAUGGAAAUUUCAAGUUAAUGACUUUAAUUGCGUUCGAUAACAUCCAAGAGAAAGUUGACAACAAAGGUGCUAAACAUUAUGUUGGAUCUAUUAUUUCCAUUAAUAAUUCCCCAGUUACAGAAAAAUUAAGACAUAACGCUUUUAAACUUGCACCAACUCUUAGACCGCUUUUAAUCGAAGGGAAAGUUAUAUCAUCUCUUAAUCCAUUAAGAGUUGUUAACAAUGAGACAGAUAAUGAAGAUGAUAAAAUUGUUGAACCAAAUGAAGAACUUUUAGAGGCUACAACACGUCUUACUACAUUAAUACCUUCAGUUGCAGAAAAGAUAUUAACUAGAUCAAAGCUCCAAUCCCAAAUUAGGGAACAACCUCGACCAAGCAUUGCCGUUAUCUGUAACGAGGUUGUUGCUAGUGAAGAUAUGUCUGUUUUCGUUCCGGACGCUAUAGUCAGGGAUGUAGCUGCUCAACUUUCGGAAUUGCGUAAACAAUACGAAAGAACUGAGCAACCAAAUGAAGAAGAGGAGGAAAAACCAGACAAUGAACAAAGCAAUCAACAUGAUUCUGUUAUUGAUAAUGAUAAAAAUAAUGCUGAUACGGAAAACGAAGAAUAUGAUGAAAUUAUAAAUGAAGAGGAAUCCGGCGAACCAUCAGAACCAAAGAAAUCUGAUGUUUAA